AUGGAUGAUCAUUUAAAUCAUCAUAAUGAUGAUGAUCAUGAUGAUCGUGAAGAUCAUGUGGAGGAUAAAUCAUCAUCAUCAUCAGGAGUAGGAGGGUCAAGAUGGAACCCAACAAAAGAACAAAUAGAGAUGUUAGAAAAGAUGUACAGUAAUGAAGGUGUAAGAACACCCAGUGCAGAACAGAUACAGCAGAUAACUGCUCGAUUAAGAGUGUACGGUCAUAUAGAAGGAAAGAAUGUAUUCUAUUGGUUUCAAAAUCAUAAAGCAAGACAACGUCAAAAGCAAAGACAUGAACGUUUACUUGCUGCUGUUGCUAUCACUAAUUCUUCUCCUAAUCAUCACUUUUCUAAUAAUACCUUUCUUACCCCUACAUCUCAUCAUCAUUAUUUUCCUAAUAAUAUUAAUAUUAAUAUUAAUAGACCACCCAUUUUUCCUACUUCUCAUCUUCCUGCUGCUUAUAAUAAUCAUCAUUAUCUUCCUAAUCCAAAUGUUAUAUGCAACCCAUAUUACCACCAAUUACCACAAGCGAAUCUUGGGCGUUAUAAUCCUCUACAGCAUCACAAGACUGCACCUGCAAUUUCUCAUUACCAUGAUGAUCAAGCCAUCAAGCAGAAACCAAUUAGCAAACCAAUGAAUCACCAGGUCACACCACGUGGCGGUGAUAGAAGAGGGGUCCCACCUAGCUCAACUCUAAGUGGAUAUUGUACGGCCAUGAUGAAUUCAAGAUCAAUGGAGCAGCAUGAACAUAGCAUGGAGAUUAAAACACUGGAUCUUUUCCCAAUACACCCAACUGGAAUGUUGGAGCACAAACAUGAUGGAUAUAACAACUCAUCUGGGAAUUCUUCUGCUAAUACGAGCUCAUCUUCUGAUACAAUUAUAAUUAAAGAUAAUGAUAAAGGUCAUCAGUUUUAUGAUUUCUUUUCUAGUAGUGAGAGUGUUUAAUUACUCAAUUAUAUCUAUUUAACAACUUAAUCUAACUUUAAUUUUGGGAUUAUUAUGCAUGUGCAUGGCAUUGGUAUACUUGAUUAAAAGGCUAAUUUCUUUUGUUAAUGAAAAUGGUUUG